CGUCACGUGACCUAAGCUCAUGGAGCAACAUGGCGACGAGCUGAGGAGUGUAGCUUAGCAACAAGAAGCCUCCCGUCGUCCCGAGGAAGCACCGAGGCGUUUAUUAACGUUUACAGAGGACCGUCGGUCGGUUCACGGCUGUUUCUGUGUGAUCGAGCUCUGCAGCAGCAGGAUGCCAGGGAAAAACGGGGACCAGUUCAAACCAGGAGACUUGGUGUUUGCCAAGAUGAAGGGGUUCCCCCACUGGCCUGGCAGGGUCUGUAAGUCGGACAGCGGCUACAAGAAGAGAGUCCCGGUCUUCUUUUUCGGGACUCACAACAUAGGCAGCAUCCCUCCAGAGAACAUCGUUCCUUAUAAUCGAAACAAGAUGAAGUACGGCAGCGGCGUCCGCAUCAAAGGCUUCGCUGAGGGCAUGUGGGAGAUCCAGAACACACCAGGAGUCGGGAGUAAACUCAAAGUUCCAGCACAGAUCAACACACAGACUCCACCCAAUAAACUGAUCUCUUCAGCUAAACCUACACCUGUUAAACCAGCUUCUAUCAGUAAAACCACAAAUGACACGAAAUCCACUCCCAGUAAAUCUGCCUCUGCAAAGCCUGACAGUAAACCAGUGGCCGGCAGAGAUACUCUGAGCAGAGCUGCUGCUGCUGCUGUGGCUAAAACCCCCACAAGGGCUUCAUUGAGAUCUGCUCCAGAGAAAACGACCGACUCCAAACAGACUUCAACUUCAGAUGCAAGCAGAGUUACAAGUACAAAGGAAACUGUUGUUGCUGUGGCUAAAACCCCCACAAGAGCGUCGUUGAGAUCUGCUCCAGAGAAAACGACCGACUCCAAACAGACUUCAACUUCAGAUGCAAGCAGAGUUACAAGUACAAAGGAAAUUGUUGUUGCUGUGGCUAAAACUCCAACAAGAGCUUCAUUGAGAUCUGCUCCAGAGAAAACGAUUGACUCCAAACAGACUUCUGAUCAGGCUCCAGAUGUUUCAGAGGCUGCUGUGACUACAAGAGGCAGAAGGUCAGCUGCAGGAGGGAGAAGUGAAAGUACCACUUCAUCAGACAACAACAAGGAGGUUGAUGCCGAGCAGCACAGGAAGUGGACACCUGCAGGUCCUGCUGUGACCACGGCCGACUCCAAACAGACUUCACCUUCAGAUGCAAGCAGAGUUACUGCUGCUGCUGCUGCUGUGGCUAAAACUCCAACAAGAGCAUCAUUGAGAUCUGCUCCAGAGAAAACGGCAGACUCCAAACAGACUUCAACUUCAGAUGCAAGCAGAGUUACAAGUACAAAGGAAAUUGUUGUUGCUGUGGCUAAAAUUCCAACAAGAGCUUCGUUGAGAUCUGCUCCAGAGAAAACGGCAGACUCCAAACAGACUUCAACUUCAGAUGCAAGCAGAGUUACAAGUACAAAGGAAAUUGUUGUUGCUGUGGCUAAAACUCCAACAAGAGCAUCGUUGAGAUCUGCUCCAGAGAAAACGGCAGACUCCAAACAGACUUCAACUUCAGAUGCAAGCAGAGUUACAAGUACAAAGGAAAUUGUUGUUGCUGUGGCUAAAACUCCAACAAGAGCUUCAUUGAGAUCUGCUCCAGAGAAAACGACUGACUCCAAACAGACUUCUGAUCAGGCUCCAGAUGUUUCAGAGGCUGCUGUGACUACAAGAGGCAGAAGGUCAGCUGCAGGAGGGAGAAGUGAAAGUACCACUUCAUCAGACAACAACAAGGAGGUAAAUGCUGAGCAGCAGAAGAAGAGGACACCUGUGACUCCUGCUGUCACCACUCCAGUCGUCAAGAAACUGGAGACGGCAGAACCAAAGUCUGCUCCGACACAAACGUCCAGGAACAAGAGAGGACAGAAAGACGAGGAGGAGGAGAAGUCCUCAGAGAGCCAAGGAGUCAAGAGGAAAAGAGACGAGAAGGAUGAAGAGAAGAAAACAAAUCAGGACAGCAGCGAUGGAAAGAAAGAGGUGGCAACAAAAGAGACAUCAGAGAGUCAAAGAACAAAAAGAAAGAAAGAUGAAGAGGAGGAUGAAGAGAAGAGGAAAGUGGUGACGAAAGACAAAACAGAAGAAAAUAAGUCCACUGAGAGCCGAGUGAUGAAGACGAGGAGGGCAGAGAAAGACGACCAGAAGGAGGAGAAGAGAACAAAAGAAGUUGGAGAGAGAAAAGACAGGGUAGAAGAGGAGAAACAGAAGAAAACAAAGCAGGAUGGAGGUGUGGAAGAGAAGAAAGAAGUGACAACAAAAGAGAAAACGGAAGAAGAGAAGACCGCAGAGAGCCGAGGAGUCAAGAGGAAGAGAGACGAGAAGGAAGACCGGGAGGAUGAGAAGAAAACGAAACAAGAUGACAGCAAAGGAAAGAGUGAGAAGGAGACAAGGAGAGAAACAAGGUCAGAGAGUGAGGUGAGAAAAAGAAUGAGAGAACAGGAGGAGCAGCAAGAGGAGAUGAAGAAGAAGAAGAAGGUCGCAGAGGAGGGGAAAACCAGAGAGGCCGAAGGGACGAAGACGAGGAGGGCAGAAAAAGAGGGGCAAAAGGAGGAGAAGAAAAAAGAGGAUGGUGAAGGACAGAAAGAGGAGAAGACGAGGAGAGAGACACGGUCCGAGAGCGAAGGAGGAAAGAAAAUGAUAGAAAAGGAGGCGCAGAAAGAUGAGGUAAAGAAGAAGGUAGCAGAAGAGAAGAAAACUGGAGAGACCGAAGGGACGAGGACGAGGAGAGCAGAGAAGGAGGACGAGAAGAAAAAUAAAAAUGAAGACAGCGAAGGACAGAAAGAGGAGAAGCUGAGGAGAGAAACACGGUCUGGGAGCGAAGGAAGAAAAAGGACGACUGAAAAGGAGGAGCAGCUGAAAACAAAAGAUGUUAGAGAAGUGUCAGAGAAAAGAGAAGAGGGCCGAGGAACGAAGAGAGAAGAGAAGGAGGUGCAGAAAGAGGAGAUGAUGAAGAAGAAGAAGAAGGUGGUGGUGGAGGAGGAGAAAACUGGAGAGAGCGAAGGGGCGAAAACGAGGAGAGCAGAGAAAGAGGAAGAGAAGAAGAAAACAACGGAGGCAGCUGAAGAAAGAAAGAAAGAAGAGAUGACAAAGAAGAAGACGGAGGAUGAGAAGGGAGGCAGCUCUGUGGACGAGGAGCGACAGCGCCGCCUGGCUGACAGUAGGGACCGUGUGUUGAAGUCUCUGAGAGGUCUGCUGAAGGACGAGAGAGGAGUGAAGGGGAGGGAGACGACCAAGAGCCCUCAGAAAACCGGGGAUGGAGCAAAGAAGAAGGUGGAGCUUAAAAACACAAGGAGUCAGAAGACAUCUGAGAAGACGACGAUGAAAGAGAAUGAAUCAGCAUUCACCAAGGCGAUCGACACUAAGAAGAUCAUCAGCAAGACAGACAAAGAAACAACAGAUGUCAAACAGAAAGGAAGUACUGAAAAAGAAGAGAAGGACGAAGGGAAGACGUCCAGCCAGAAGACAACAGCAGAGAAGAAGAAGGAGGUAAAGAAGGAUGAACAGAAGACAGAGCAGGACAAGAAGACAGACUCGAGUACAACUACAGAUGACGCAAAGACAAAGGAAAAGGAGAGCGGGCAGAAGAAAGAAGACAAGAUGAAGAAUGAGGGAAAGAAAGAUGAGGAUGCGAAGGAGAAGAAAGACGAAGAAAAGAAGGACGAGAGGAAAAUCAUCGGAAAGAUUGUGAAAGCAACGCCUGGACAAGGACCGAAGGUUCAGGUGAAGACGAUGAUGGGAGGAACUGCAGCUGUUGUAGCAGUAGAGGAGGAGAAGAAGAAGAAGAAGAAAGAGGUGGCAGCAGCAGAGGAGGAGAAGAAGAAGAAAGAAGAGAAGGCCAGCAGAGAAGAAAAGGUAGAAGAGAGGAAAAAGAGUUCGGAGAAGGUGAAGGAGAAGGAACAGAGUGUCGAAGAGAAGAAAUCUGAUGACCGAAAGGUAGAAACCAUUUCAGAGGUGGAGAGGAAGUCUGAAAGAACUAGAACAGCGGCAGACGACAAAAAAGACAAGAAUGUAGCGGAGGUAGAGAAGGACAAAAAAGGUAAAAGGGAAAAUGAGACGAUGCUGAAGAAGAACGAAGAGGAGCAAAAAACGCAGAAAGUGACAUCAAAAUUGCAAGAGAAGAAGAACGACAGCGAGGUGGAAAAAAUGGCAACGAGAGAACAGAAGAAGAAGGAGGGAACGACUGAAAAUACAGGCAGCAGGUCGAAAGAGAAGAACGAAAGUGAGAUGGAAAAAAUUGCAACGAGAGAACAGAAGAAGUCGUCAGAGGAAACAACCAAAAAACCUGAGAAGGGAUCGAAAGAGAAGAACAACAGCAAGGUGGAAAAAAUGGCAACGAGAGAACAGAAGAAGUCAGAGGAAACAACCAAAAAAAUUGACAGCGACUCAAAAGAGAAGACCGAAGGCGAGGUGGAAAAAAUGGCAACAAGAGAACAGAAGAAGAUGACGCAGGAAACAACUGAAAAACCUGACAGUCGAUCAAAAGAGAAGAGCAAAAGUGAGGUGGAAAAAAUGGCUACAAGAGAACAGAAGAAGAAGGAGGGAUGGACUGAAAAUAUGGGCAGCCAAUCGAAAGAGGAGAACGAAACUGAGAUUGAAAAAACUGCAACGAGAGAACAGAAGAAGAAGUCAGAAGAAACAAGUAAAAAACAUGAGAAGGGAUCGAAAGACAAGAACAAAAGUGAGGUGGAAAAAAUGGCUACGAGAGAACAGAAGAAAAAGUCAGAGGAAACAACCAAAAAAUCUGACAGCAGAUCGAAAGAGAAGAACGAAAGUGAGGUGGAAAAAAUGGCAACGAGAGAACAUAAGGAGGGAACGACUGAAAAUACAGGUAGCCGAUCGAAAGAGAAGAACGAAAGUGAGAUGGAAAAAACAGCAACGAGAGAACAGAAGGAGACAUCAGAGGAAACAACCAAAAAACCUGACACCGAAUCGAAAGAGAAGAACGAAAGCGAGGUGGAAAAACUGGUGACGAGAGAACAAAAGAAGAAGAAGGAGGGAACGACUGAAAAUACAGGCAGCCGAUUGAAGGAGAAGAAAGAAAGUGAGGUGGAAAAAAUGGCUACGAGAGAACACAAGAAGAAAACGGAGGAAACAACCAAAAAAUCUGACAGCGAAUUGAAAGAGAAGAACAAAAAGAAGAAGAGAGAGCAGACGAGUGAAAAACCUGAUCAAAGGGGAUCAAAAGAGAAGAAGGACGGCAGAGCUGCUGCAGAACUGACCAAGAAAACAGAGUUGGAGCAGAAGCGUACUGAAGAGACAAAACCACAGAAGAAGAAAAGUGACAAAACAACAACAGGAGCAGCAGAGAAAGUGCAGGAAAAGUCAAAAACUGAAGAAGCAAAAUCAGACAAGACGAGAGAAGAAGAAGACAGGAUAACAAAGGUGGAGCAGGUGCAGCAGCAGAAGAGUUCGGCCAUGACGCUAACCGACUCCACGCUGCACAGAAUCCACGGAGACAUCAGGAUUUCUCUGAAGACCGACAACCCUGACAUCAGUAAGUGUCUGAUGGCGCUGGAUCAGCUCAGUAUGGUUUAUGUGACGUCGAAACACGUACAGAGACACAGUGAGCUCAUCGCCACCCUGAGGAAGAUGCGGUACUACAAAGCCAACCAGGCCAUCAUGGACAAGGCGUCCAUGUUGUACAACCGCUUCAAAAACACCUUCCUGGUGGGGGAGGGGGAGGAGGUGGUGAGCGCCGCCUUCCUGCGCUCUCUGCUGGAGGAGAAGGAGCGGGAGGAGGCCGAGCGGGCGGAGCACUGCGUGGAGAGGCUGAAGAGGGAGGGAGUGCUGCAGGAGGUGAAGAGACGCAUGGGCAAGGUGAAGGAGAGGAGGAGCAGUGACGGAGGAGAGGAGAAGGAGGCGAAAACAGAAGCUCCAGUGGACUGUCCCUGAGGGUUCAGUGAUCCUGAAGCAGCCUGGACUGAACCACCUCUAACCUGAGGGGUGUGGACCAGAAACAACCCCACCCCCGCAUGGACAAUGAGAACUUCCAUAACCACAUUCACCUCAUCACACACACACACACACACACACACACACACACACCUGUACAUUACCUGUAGAGCUCGUAUUUAUUUACUUCCUGUUGUAAAUUAAAGGGCGUCGUUAUGUUUAAAUAGGAGUAAACACUGUCACACCUGAGCAGGUGUUAACAUUAGUGCAUCACAUACUGACUUGAACAGAACAGUGUUUCUCUCUCUUCCACUAACUCGUCACAUUAACCUGAGCAUUAACGCCAGCAUUUCUUUUUUAACUUUAACCUUUAACCUGUCUUCAUAAACUAACCUUAACUGUCGUAAUCAUUUGGGUGAACUGUACCUUUAAGAAGCCAACGUAACUUCAGUCUACCUCUGCUAACCGUUGUCUGUACGCAGAGAGGGAAUGUUGUCCUUCAGUAAAUUUUGUCUUUAAUAAGUUGGUUAACAGUGCUUAUGGGGACGUCACAGUAUCUGGUGUCAACUCCGACAUUUAUUAACCUGUGCUUUAACUUUAAAGGUGCUCUGUGUGCUUUCAUCACUAAAUGGUCUUCAAACGUGUGUAUCGUUAAAACUUAAACCCUCCCAUGUGUCUGUACAGGAUGUGCUGGGGCUGAUGGGAAAUGUAGUUUUAUUAAGAAUGUGCUUUAUUUGUGUUUUUGAAUGUUUAAACUUUACGUCAGAUUAACGAUAUCUCAUCAGCUUUAAGCUCGACAUUAAAGCAUUAACCGGCCUCACUGAAUCUCAACAUUCACACUUCACAUGCUGAGCACGACUCUGUGCUUUGCUCAGUGGCACCACGGCAGUAAACUCACAUACAACUGUUUUUGUUUUUUCUGUAUUUUUAUUGUGACACAGUGAGAUGUUUUAUAUUCUUUUUUUCUGUUUUUACUUGGUGCAACUGUUAAAGAUGUUUACUCUGUGACUCUGUUGUGUAUAUUUAUCAUUUUUACUGACAGAAAUGUACAGUUUUAUAAACCUGACACGCCGUCUGGACUCGAGUUAUUUCACUCAGUGGAGCAGAAAGUCUGAACGAGCAGAUGUUUUACAGCAGUGACACAGUGAAUGACUUGUUGACUUGUUGUUGUUCCAGGUGUUAAAGAUGCACCAGGUCUGUAGGUACAGUUACACAUAAUUAUCUGUUAACUGUCUUUAAGUUUUAAGAUGAUAAAAGCUUUGUGUCUUUUUAUAAUUAAAUGACAAUUUUAAAAGACAAAGAAAUAUUUAGAUCUUUUUAGGAAAAAAAAAUGUUUGUUCCUUUUUUAAACAUUGGAAAAAAAUUGUUUAAUUUCAAAAUAUACUUUAAAAAUACAGUUUUUCCAUGAAACAUUAUGACUUUUGUUAUGUCUUGAAAUAUUAUGACUUAUAACUACAGUGAAGCCAUCAGAUAAA